GUUUUUGAGACGUGCGGAGGAGAGAGGGGUUAGGGUUGUUAGGGCGCCGAAGGGGAUGAGUAGGAAUAAGGGGAAUGGGAGUCGGUGGUUGGGGAGGAAUCAGUGUUUGGUUUGGACGGUCGAGUGGAUUCUGAGUGAUGGGGAGAAGAGGAUGAGGAAUUGUUCGGAGUUGGCUCCUGUUGCUGAUUCUUUUGAUCGGGUGGUUCCCCUUCCUAAGGAGGAGGGGGUGGAUGAUGAGGAUCAGAAACAGACUGGGGAUGAGAAGCCAGGGGAGACGCCAGAGUUGAAGACGGAGCAACAACCGCAGGAUGCCACGAAUACAGCCCCCGAGCCAGCCUCGACUACAGAACCUACACAACCAACAGAAGCACCAGCCGCUCAACCGGAAGCUUCAGAGCUGCCACUUACCCCCCACCGCGAUCUCUACUUCUACCUCCACCGGCCGCGGACAGCUACGAAACAGCCUGUUUUGGCCCCCCUGUCCCCCAAGAUCACCAUUGCUGCCGCUCUGCGUGGUCACACAGUCUUGGAGUUCCCGACCAUCUACGUGCUGCCGGACUCACCUGAUACUAUACGGGCCCAGGAAAAUUCCAAGUACAUUCUAGAGGAAGAGUACCUCCGCACGCAUCAGUCGCCGGAAGAGAGCAGCGAGGAUACGGGGGAUGCAGACGACACAUUGCCUCCGGGUGCCAUUGACCUUCAAGGCGUCGACGAAUCCAAGGUUCUGGAAGUCCUCCAGAAGGAUCUGUUCGAGCCUUCGGCAGCAGCGUAGGAACUAUCUAGAUCUGGCUGGAGCAUCAUGAGAUAGAAGGGAGGGGAGGGGACAUCUACUUGUACCUAAUAUUUGUUCAUAUCAUAGCGACAACUGGAGAGCCGGGUGGAACCGUGCUUUACUUGCAUCUGUACUAGGAAGAAAUCAUCUAUGAUCGGCUGAUGCACUUCGAGGCAGUCUGAGCGAAGACAGCGAUCUCGACCGUAUAGGUAAU